ACAGAAGCAGGAAGUAACACCUCAUUUCAGAGAAAACAAACUGAUCUCUCUCCUUCUCUCAGUGUGUGAAUUCAGGAAAAUGGCCAAGGGCAGUAUUUCAGUAGAUCAGAUUUUACUGGACCGGUUCAUGUGUCCAGUGUGUCUGGAUCUCCUGAAGGAUCCGGUGACUAUCCCCUGUGGUCACAGUUUCUGUAAGGCGUGUAUUAAUGGCUGCUGGGAUCAGGAGGAUCAGAAGGGCGUCUACAGCUGUCCUCAGUGCAGAGACACUUUCACUACAAGGCCUGUUCUAUGCAGAAACAAUAUGCUGGCUGAAGUGGUGGAGAAACUGAAGAAGACUGAAGUCCAAGCUGCUUCUCCUGCUCACUGUUACGCUGGACCUGGAGAUGUGGAGUGUGAUUUCUGCACCGGGAGAAAACACAAAGCCGUCAAGUCCUGUCUGAUUUGUUUGGCUUCAUUUUGUGAAACUCAUCUGAAACCUCAUCUUGAAGACCCUACUUUGAAAAAACACACAUUAAUUGAAGCCUCAGCAAAACUCCAAGAGAAGAUCUGCUCUGAACAUAACAAGCUGAUUGAGAUCUACUGUCGUACUGAUCAAACCUGCAUCUGUCAUUUGUGUAUGAUGGAAAAUCACAAAGGUCACGACACCGUCACAGCCGCAGCAGAAAGAGCUGAGAAACAGAGUAAGUUCAAGAAGGAGCAGAUGAAAUCCCAGCAGAGAAUCCAGGAGAAGCAGAAGAUGGUGCAGGAGCUGAAACAGGCUGUGAACACUAUAAAGCUCAGUGCACAGACAGCAGUGGAGGACAGUGAGAGGAUCUUUACUGAGCUGAUCAGCUCCAUGGAGAAAAAGCGCUGGGAGGUGACGGAGCUGAUCAGAGAUCAGGAGAAGGCUGAACUGAGUCGAGCUGAACGACUCCUGGAGGAACUGGAGCAGGAGAUUGCUGAUCUUCAGAGGAGAGUCACUGAGCUGGAGCAGCUUCCACACACACACGAUCACAUCCAUUUUCUCCAGGGCAAGGCGGCAACGGAGGAUAGCGCUGAUGAGCGCACAUCAUGUUGUGACAGUUCUGGCUCUUCACGCAAGACGGAGGAGGUUGUAGCUUCUGGACGUCACUCUCCUCCAUUUCUCAGACCAAAUUUUUGCAAAUCUGGGAUCACUGUCCAUCAACAUCUCUCAUUUGAUGGAGUGAGGAAUUCUCUCUCAGAUCUGAAAAAGAGACUCGAGGAAUUCUGUGAGGAGGAAUUCAACAAAAUCCCUCCACAUGCUGCAGCAGUUCAGAUCAUUUCAGAACCAGAACCACAGAGCAGAGAAGAGUUUCUGAAAUUUUGUUUUUUCUCUGUGAUUUUAGAUUUCUGUUAUCUGACUCUGGAUCCCAACACGGCAAAUUAUAACCUCAUUCUGUCUGAGAAGAACAGAGCGGUGAGAGACAGUGAGAGAAAGCAGCCUUAUGCUGAUCAUCCAGAGAGAUUUGAUUACUGGGAGCAGGUGUUGUGUAAGGAGAGUGUGUGCGGACGCUGUUACUGGGAGGUGGAGAGGAGUCGUGAUGGAUUUGUGUUCAUAUCAGUCUCAUAUAAAGACAUCAGCAGGAAAGGACCAGGUACAGAGUGUUGGUUUGGAUUCAACAAUCAGUCCUGGAGUCUGUGGUGUUCUUCUUCUUCGCUCUCUUUCUGGCACAACAACAUUAAGACUGAUCUCAGAGUUCCAUCACCCUCCAGAAUAGGAGUGUAUGUGGAUCACAGUGCAGGAACUCUGUCCUUCUACAGCGUCUCUGACACGAUGAAGCUCCUCCACAGAGUCCACACCACAUUCACUCAGCCUCUAUACGCUGGGUUUGGGUUUGACUGGGUUUCUGGUUCUACUGUGAGAUUGUGUGAUUCAGAAUAAAAAAGUGUGGAGUGUUUUUAUGUAAAAUUCCUGCACAUUGCUACGUUGUUGUUCAGUCGUCUGUUUCACGAGAACACAAUCCAGCUGCACGAUUGGUUCAGGCUGCCGAUGUCGUCUUCAUCCCAUAUUCAGCCUGGAUGAUGAUUGGCCCGCAGAUAGAACCUUAUAAAUCCAGGUUUCUUUGUGAGUUUGGGAUUUUUAUUCAAAUAUUACAAUCAAAGCUUUGCAGAAUAAAAGAUAAGAGCACAGGAGAAUAAAGUUUCCCCCAGUGAUGGAGUUUCUGUGCUGAACUCAUUUUCAGACAGAAGCUUUUAAUACUGAGGUCAGGAUGUCAGCAAGCCGCUAUAUUGAUACACAACGGGGUUUUUUCUCCACUUUGGAUGGAUAUUUUUAGAUUAUUUAAUCUGUGGGAGAUAACUAGUGUCUUAAAUGUGUGUUUGUGAAAAUCACUGUAAACCAACAACUGACUUUUUCCUCCAAAAAACAUCUCUUUUAAUGUUGUCAUAUAUUGUCUGUGUGAAUAAUGAUGAUAAAUCUGUCUCUGUGAACUGGACCUGUCUGUGAUUCUUUUCAUUUUCAAUAAAAUAAAGCAACAAAUCCAA